AUGGCGUCGCGCGUCCAGCGCGUCGCGUCGCUCUUCGCGCGACAUCGCGACAUCGUCCCCGGCGGUGUUCGGACGACGCCGUCGUCGUCGUCGUCGUCGUCGAUUCAACGACUCCUCCGCCGCGCGACGUCGUCGUCGUCGUCGUCGUCCGCGUCGAGCCCGGACGCGUCGACGGCGCCGACGUCCGCUCCCGCGACGCACGUCAUCACCGCGUACGAACUCUCCGCGACGCCGCCGCUCGCGGUGACGCCGCUGUCGCUCGCGGGCGACGCGCGCGAGAGCGCGUCGAGAGCGAGCGACGGCGGCGACCUCUGGAGACGCGCGCGGCUGGCGCGCGAGGUCCGCCGCGGCGACGGCGACGACGCGCUCGCGCUCGCGCUCGCGGGCGAACCCCUCGGCGCGCCGCGCGUCGAGCUCUUCGUUCGCGGCGCCGGCGGCGUCGUGUAUCGACACGGCGAGCCCGGCGCGGCGACGGCGGCGAUGACGGAGAGCCUCGGCGACGGAAUCCUCGCGUCCGGCGCGUCGCGUCCGCUCGCCGCGACGGGCGACGCCGCCGAUCCGGACGCGUACUGGUCGCUGCUCCGAGAGGCGCUGUACGCGCACGCGCUCGCGGUGUUCGGGCGCGAGUUCGAAGUGAGCCGACGCGGCCUCCGCGCGGUGACGCUGACGUCGAGGGAAGGGACCGCGAGGACGACGACGGCGACGGACGGCGGGAAUCGCGCCGCGCAGAGGUUCGAGCUCACGAUCGCGCCCGGCGGAAUCGGCGCCGCGUCGGUCGUCGUCUCCCCCGGACGCGAGCUCAGGAGCGCGAGGACGAUCCGCGAGAUCCUGGACGAUCCGAACGUCCCGGACCCGCCAGCGGGGACGCCCGUCGCGGCCGCGGGCGGGCCGGCGCUCGAGGGAGCGCUUCAGUACGAAGUCUCGGGCGAACGCGCGGGGACGGCGGGCGAGCCGCGUCCCGAGCUCGGCGGCGCGUCGCUCCUGGAGUACCACCGCGAGCGGUACCCGGCGCGGGUGCCGCUGCUGGAGCGCGCGGACGCGGACGCGGCCGCGUCGACGCUGGCGGUCGACGCGGCGACGACGCAGCGGCGCGUGAGCGAGAUGCGCGCCGGGUUGGGGCAACCGUUCGCGCCGUGGGCGACGCUCGGGGAGAAGAUGCGGCGGCUGCCGCCGCCGGCCGGGUCGACGGCGGCGCGGCGAAGGACCGGCGCGCUGACGACGGGGCCGGCGACGCUUCCGGACGCGGAGAGCGAUCCCGCGCGCGUCGCCGUCGUGACCGUCGAGAGCGGGAGCGGGAGCGAGAGCGGGAGCGAGACCUGGCGCGGGAUCGCGCGCGGUGAGUUUAAGGACUCCAAGGAGAGAAUAAUGCGCGGCGUCGAGGACGCGAUGCGGGCGUGGGGCGCGGACGAGGCGUCCUCCAUCGCGCCGGUGCUCGGCGACCUAGAAGCCGCGGACGCGUUCCGCGUCGGGAACGCGGCGACGCCCGGCGAGCUCGACGCGUGCUUGAAACGUCUCAUCGAAGAGCGUUACGACGUGAUCGUGAUCGACGGCGGGGAGGACGACGUCGUGCGCGCGAGCGCGCGGCGCGCGCGCGCGCCGAAGCCGCGCCGCGUCGGCGGCGACGCGCGGCGGCUCGCGUUUGAGCUCUGCGCGCUGAGAGGCGGUCAGGCGACGAGAUACGAAAACCUCGCACCGGCGGGGACGGUCUUCGUCGGCGUCGGGCCGGGGCCGGGCGCGGCGCGGCGGGGGAGGGGGGGCGGCGCGGGCGCGUUCGCGCGCGGCGUCGUUGCGGUGACGGACGAGACGGGGACGAUGCUGGGGCGGUGGUCGAGGACGUCCCGCGAGGUCGCGGGCGGCGGCGGCGGCGCGGAGGACGACGCCGACGCCGACGCCGACGCCGACGCCGACGCCGACGCCGACGCCCCGCCCGCGCGCGAGUGGGCGGAGAGGUCCGCGGCGACCGCGACGGCGGCGGUCGUCGCCGCGCACGAGGCGGCCGCGCCCGCGCGCGUCCCGAUCGCGCGUCUGGUGAUCCACCACGACGGUCGGUCCCCGCCGGAGUUUAUCGCCGCCGCGAAGCGCGCGGCGACGGCGCACGACGUCCGCGAGCUCGAUGUCGUCGACGUCAGCCGCGAGCCCGCGGUCGCGACCGGGCGCGUGCUGAGCUGGAGUAAGGACCGCGGGACGCACCGCCCGCCGCGGGGGUUGUGGUGGGCGAUUGGGACGGACGACGCGGUGGCGGUGACCACGGGCGACGACGCGACGGGCGGCGGCGGCGGCGGCGGCGGGGGGGAAGCGGUCUCGAGACCGCUCGCCGUGAAACGCAGGGCGGGCGACACCGACGUCGGGACGCUCGCCGGGGAGGCGACGCUGCUCGCGGAGAUCGGCGUCGGCGGCGUCGCGGGCGGGCACGCGCUGCCGGUGACGUUGCGAGGGGGCGGCGUCUCCCCCGCGGUGCUUCUGCUUUGA